AUGACAACAAAUAGCAACAUUGAAAAACUUGAUGUAAAACUACCAAACUCAGAAGAUUCAGGAAAACUAGCAUUUAUUUUAUUCAACGUUUUUACAGAAGAAGAAUGUUCUGAAUGGAUUAAAUUGACAGAAGAACGCUGUUAUAAGCCAGCACUAGUUAAUGUAGGUGUGCGCGAAGUUUCCAUGCCUGAUGUUCGCAAUAAUGAUAGAUGUAUUAUUGAUGAUGUUGAUAUGGCAAAAAAAUUAUUUGAUCGUAUUAAAUCAUAUUUACCAGACAAGUGGAACAGUUAUCAAUUAGUUGGACUCAAUGGACGUCUUCGUUUUCUUCGAUAUGAUCCUGGACAAGUAUUUAAAGGACAUAUGGGUAUAAUUGUUUUAUUUAUUCAGAUAUCAUGA